AUGUGGGCUAAACGUAAUGUGUUAUCUGGGUUGACAUCCAUUGGCGAAUACGGCGAAGAGAAUGACCAGGAAAGGUGCUUUACAUGUGGAAAAGUGAUUGGGAACAAGUGGGAGGCAUAUCUGGGUCUGCUGCAAGCUGAGUACACUGAAGGUGAUGCCUUGGAUGCCCUGGGUCUGAAGCGUUAUUGCUGCCGACGUAUGCUACUUGGGCAUGUGGACCUGAUCGAGAAGCUUCUCAACUACGCACCUUUGGAGAAAUAA